GCUACUGCACUGGAUGGGGAGACCCACAUUACAUGACUUUUGACGGACUGUACUACAGCUAUCAAGGGAAUUGUACAUACGUCCUUGUGGAAGAGAUUUAUAAGAAAGUUGACAACUUUGGUGUCUACAUUGAUAAUUACCAUUGUGAUACACGGGAUGUAGUCUCCUGUCCUCGAACGCUCAUUGUGAGACAUGAGACUCAGGAAGUCCGCAUAGCAACAGUCAAACCAAAUACUCUACAAGUAGAGGUGACAGUAAACAAACAGGCAGUGGCUUUGCCUUAUAAAAAAUUUGGCUUGAGCAUCUAUGAGUCAGGCAUAAAUCGUGUAGUGGAAAUUCCUGAACUAAAAAUGAAUGUGACCUACAAUGGCUUGUCCUUUUCUAUCAGAAUGCCUUACAGCCUGUUUGGAAACAACACUCAUGGACAGUGUGGUACUUGCAAUAACAACACGGCAGAUGACUGCAUGCUGCCGAAUGGAAAUAUUGCAGAAAACUGUGAAACCAUGGCAGAUCAUUGGCAAGUUGUUGAUCCCUCUAAACCACAGUGCUCUCCAGGCCUAAUUCCUACAAAAGCACCUAGCACAACCCCAAUGCAGCAUUGCAAAGAAUCUUCCAUCUGCAAGCUUCUUUUGGGAAGCGUGUUCGAGCCAUGCCAUAGCUUUGUCCGGCCUGAAAAGUACUAUGCAGCCUGUGUUUUUGAUAGUUGUGUACUUCCCAACUUAGACCUGGAAUGCUCAAGUCUUCAGACCUAUGCUGCCACAUGUGCUGACCAAAGUGUAUGCAUUGAUUGGAGAAGUCAUACCAAUGGUGUUUGUUCUUACAAAUGCCCCUCAAAUAAAGAAUACAGAGCAUGUGGUCCUAUUAAAGAGAUAACCUGCAAAUCAAGUCAACAAAACGAAACCUCAGCUAAACAAGUGGAAGGCUGUUUCUGUCCUAGUGGAACAAUGCUGUAUGACUCUGGUGUGGAUGUCUGUGUGAAAACCUGUGAAUGCAAUACAAGCUUGUGCACAUCUAAAGCCCCCAAGUGUACACUGGGAUUUGAAGUUCAUUCUCAUAUUCCCAGUGGUCAGUGCUGUCCUGUGUAUGAGUGUGUUCCCAAGAGGGUUUGUGUACUUCAGAAUGCUGAGUUCUUGGGAUAUGAACAUCAGCCAGUAAAAGGUGAAUGUUGUGGAAGAUGUGUGCAGACUAAGUGUAUUAUAUCUACAGCAAGCAAUUCUGACCUCAUCUUGAGUCCUGGAGAGUUUAAAAAUGAUCCUUACAACAACUGCACCAUUUAUAGCUGUGUAAAUAUCCACAACCAGCUUAUCUCUUCCACAUCUGAGAUUACCUGCCCAGCAUUCAAUGAGGACAGCUGCAAACCUGGAACUAUUUCAUUCUUACCUAAUGGUUGUUGCAAAACCUGUGCACCUCUGGAGAGCUCCACACCAUGCUCUGUCCAUCAAAGGAAAGACUUCAUCGUUUAUAAAGGCUGCCGUUCUGUGGACAGAGUUGUCCUGACUGAAUGUGAAGGAACAUGUGGAACUUUCUCACU